CGUUGAACAUCGCAAGGAUUGCGUCGCCCACGGUGCUCAGUUGAAUUCUAUCGCCGUCCAUUAAAACAGCCGACUUGGAAAAUACAAUAUCAAAGUGUGCUCCGUUUUACCAGAAGCUUGCUUGCUUGUAUAUCAUCAUGGAUGACAUAUUCAUGAAGUAAGGAUACUGAGAAAAGAUCUCCGUAUGUGUAACGCACGCAUCUUCGACCCUGUCGUGGCUCACUGCAUUGCCUGGCAAAACGGAACAAUUGGUGGAUAAUUCUCCUCGUGACUUAAGUUGAGCAUAUUUCAUCGCUGAAAUACAUAGAAACACGAAUGUGGCUUCUGUCAUGAGUCCGGCCGGGUGCUCCCAUGUGACCAGUUUUAAAGUGGAGAACUGGAAGCAGAAUCUGCGGGUCAUAUACCAGUGCUUUGUGUGGAGUGGCUCUGCUGAAACCAGGAAACGCAAGGCGAAGUCAUGUAUAUGUCAUAUGUGUGGAGCACACUUAAAUCGACUUCACUCCUGUCUCCAUUGUGUGUUCUUCGGCUGUUUCAGCAAGAAACACAUCCACGAGCAUGCCAAAAACAAGAGACACAACCUAGCUAUAGACCUUUUGUAUGGUGGAAUAUAUUGCUUUGUGUGCCAAGACUACAUAUAUGACAAAGACAUGGAACAGAUUGCCAAAGAAGAACAAAGAAAAGCGUGGAAAUUGCAAGGUAUUGGCGAGAAGUACUCAAUGUGGGAGCCCACGAAACGAGAACUGGAGUUGCUGCGACACAACCCCAAACGGAGGAAAAUAACAGCAAACUGCACUAUAGGGUUAAGGGGUUUGAUAAACCUUGGGAACACAUGCUUUAUGAACUGUAUUGUUCAGGCUCUCACACACACUCCACUGCUGAGGGACUUCUUCCUGUCUGACAGGCACAAGUGUGAGAUGCAGUCCAACUCUUGCCUAGUGUGUGAAAUGUCUCAGCUCUUUCAGGAGUUCUACUCGGGUCACCGAUCUCCUCACAUUCCCUUCCGGUUGCUGCACCUCGUGUGGACCCACGCACGACAUCUCGCUGGCUACGAGCAACAGGACGCUCACGAGUUCCUCAUUGCUGCUUUGGAUGUGCUACAUAGACACUGCAAAGGAGAUGAUAAUGGGAAAAAAGCUAACAAUCCAAACCACUGCAGCUGUAUCAUUGACCAAAUCUUCACUGGAGGCCUGCAGUCUGACGUCACCUGCCAAGUUUGCCAUGGGGUUUCCACGACAAUAGACCCAUUCUGGGACAUCAGUUUGGAUCUGCCAGGUUCCUCGACCCCCUUCUGGCCCCUCAGCCUGGGCAGUGAUGGCAGUGUGGUGAAUGGAGACAGCCACCCAACUGGAGCUACCACACUCACAGACUGCCUGCGCAGGUUCACUCGACCUGAACACUUAGGAAGUAGCGCCAAGAUCAAAUGCAGUGGUUGCCAUAGUUACCAGGAGUCCACCAAGCAGCUGACAAUGAAGAGACUUCCUAUUGUGGCAUGCUUCCACCUUAAACGGUUUGAGCAUUCCGCAAAGCUCCGGCGGAAGAUCACCACCUAUGUGUCCUUUCCUCUUGAGCUGGAUAUGACACCCUUCAUGGCCUCCAGUAAAGAGAGCCGAAUGAAUGGACAGUACCAGCAGCCAGUAGAUUCUUUAAACAAUGACAACAAGUAUUCUCUGUUUGCAGUGGUGAAUCAUCAGGGCACAUUGGAGAGCGGCCAUUACACCACGUUUAUCCGCCAGCACAAGGACCAGUGGUUUAAAUGUGAUGACGCCAUUAUCACUAAAGCCAGCAUUAAAGAUGUUCUGGACAGUGAGGGGUACUUGUUAUUUUACCAUAAACAGUUCCUAGAAUAUGAAUAAUCCCUAGAUCCAGAAGGGGUCCGAGUCACAAGCUGUGAAGGGAAGAUCAUAUGAGUGAAGGCGGGGUGGACAACGGAAAGAAAGGAGCAUAAACCACCCGGCCUGACACUUGUUCAUCCCAGGAGAGCUGUUAAAAGAAAAAGAAAAAAAGCAGCCUUUAUUAACUAAGGAAAAUAAAAAUAACAAAAUAAGAAAUGGGGAAAAAAAAUCAAUAAAUAAAAUACACAGCUAAACCAAUCUGCACUGAGCAUCCGGAGCAUACUUGACAGAAAGAGGAGACGGCGGCAUUAGAGAAGAUGGAGAGACCUCUGUCUGUUUUCUUUUCUCUCGCUACAAACGGAGGAGACAAACUGACAUCUCAUCACAUUGUUCUUUAAGGGAUAGUUCACCCCAAAAUUUAAAACUUUCUUCCAUGGAACACAAAGGGAGGCAGAAUGAUAGCCUCAGUAAUCAUUUAAUUUCAUUGCAUUUUUCCAUAAAAUAAAAGUGAAAGGUGACUGAGGCUAACAUUAGGCCUAACUUUUCGUUUUGCAUUCUAUAGAAGAAAGGAAGGUUUGGAACAGCAUGCGAUUAAAUGAUAACACAAGUUUCAUUUUUGGCUGAGCUAUCCCUUUAAACUUCACAAUCUCUUUUUCACUUUUAGUUAUGUUUUUCUCCUCAGUUAUCACAAAGAAUAUAAAGCAUUCAUGUAAUUCAGUCCCAUUUUCUCAUCCUCAAAUGAUGUUUCAAAAUAUUUUUAUUUUUAUUUCUUUGUAUGCAUUAGUGAUGUAUUGAACACAAAAGAAAGAAAAGGGGCAUUAUGAACUUUAACUCAAACUUAUAUUGUCAUUUGGUGGUUGAGUUUGAAAAUACUGUCAGGGUUCAGCACUUUUAUUUUUAAUUCAAAAGAAUUUACCAACUCUUUCUGCCCUAAGUUUUUCAUUGCUUUUUUUUUUUCUUUGGUUGAGGGAUAAAAAUGUAUCUCACACACAUAUACAGUGUAUAUAUAUAUAUAUAUAUAUAUGUAUGUAUUAUGCAUAAUAAUACAUACGUACGUAAACAAGUCAUUAAUUUCUUGUUUACGCGUCUUCCCCAUGAACCCAUGUUUUUUUUAUAUAUAUAUAUAUAUGUGCUGUAUGUCUUCUAAAGGAAUGGAAAGAAGGUAUUUCUGUGAGAAGUAUAGCUUUGUUAACAUGAAAAGUUUCAGUUGAUGAUAUGUUGCUGCAGGUUUGGUUGUGAAGGCUUGUGUCAUGUUUCUGAUGCAUUGUGAAUGAAGAUUUUUCUUUCUUUUCAUGUGAUGCCUAUUGCCACCACGGCUUGAUUCAACAGUGUUAUCCUCAGCAACAUGUUGCUCCAGUUGAGUGUGUGCGAGUGCGCAUGUAUGCAUAUCCGUGUACACACCUGUGUAUAUGUGUACUACCCGAGUGUGUGCGAAUGCAGGAAUGUGGGCACCUGUGUGUUAGUGGUGGGGUGUGUGUGUGUGUGUGUGUGUGUGUGUGUGUGUGUGUGUGUGUGUGUGUGUGUGUGUGUGUGUGUGUGU